AAAAAAACACGAGCAACAGAACGUGCACGUCCGCCUCCUCUGCUUCGCGUUUUCGCUGUCUUGCAAGGCCUUGGCAAUCUUGGUCCCUUUGAUGUAACUUGAGGCGUGGUCGCAGCAAAGUAGAGAUGGACGUCGCCCCCAAAGUCCAGGCCGAGAGUCCCGCACCCGCGGAGCCUCCGAAGCCGGCUUGCAAGCCCUGCUGCCGAGGAAAGCGACUGAAGAAACCCAGUGAGCUGUCGAUUUAUGAAUGCCCGGCGGACAAUGUCGAGUAUGAGCUGGUCGAAGAGCAGCCGGGAGCAGUCGAGAAUGGUGUUCGCUAUGUCCGGACGAGCCUGAGCCCCUACUAUGGCACUGUCGCGGCAGCAAGCGAAAGGGCUGGCAACAUCUACAGCACUGCUGUGGAGCACUCAAAAUCCAGCUAUGAGUACAUAACACAGGAGGACAACACCAUUGCUCGUGCAAUGGCUAUUUCUCUUGGAGGCCUUGGUGGCUUGGUUCUGGGAGCAAGAGGUGGCAUCUUCAAAAAGCUGAUCUUUGCGAGCAUGGGAGCUGGGGCAGCCGCCGCUGCCUGCUAUCCCAAGGAGGCCAAGGAAUUCUCCCAAAAUUACCUCGUGGUUGCUCGCAAUCAAGUCACCGCCGGAGUGAAGCAGACCACGGGAUAUGACUUGAAUGAGCUCUUUUCAAAAGUGAAGCUUCCAAAGCUGCCGGACUUUUCUCCAAAAACCAUCGACCAAGUUGGGCAGCAAGUGAGUGACGUUAACUACUAUGGAUUCAGGCUCUCCGAUCCUGAGUCGAAGAGUGGUUAGAGAAUCAAAAUAGUCAAGGAUAGCUGAUUAUAGCAUGGCUAUGCUGUUUUCGGGUGCAGUUCUUCAAGCUUUCCUGGGAGCGAAAUCCAUAUCUGAAGAUGUUGCUUUUUAUGAAAUAAAAAAUAAAUGAGUGAUCUUCGUUUUA